AUGGCGGCGAGAUUGAGCGGUGGAGAGAACCGGUUGGUGUCGCUGCCCCUGUCGCGUAUCCGCGUGAUCAUGAAGAGCUCACCGGAGGUCUCCAGCAUCAACCAGGACGCGCUGUUCCUCACCGCCAAAGCCACGGAGCUUUUUGUUCAAUAUUUGGCUACAUACUCCUACAAACAUGGCAGAGGCAAGGAGAAGAAUGCUCUAACUUACAGUGACCUGUCUCAUACUGCAGAAGAGUGUGAGACCUUUCAGUUCCUUGCAGAUAUCUUGCCAAAGAAGAUCCUAGCUAGCAAAUACCUAAAAAUGCUUGAAAAAGAGAAGCGAGAUGGAGAAGUGGGGGAAGGUGAUGAAGAUGAGGAGGAAGAAGAUGAAGAUGAAGCUGUUGAAGAUGUUCAGUCUUAAGAUCAAUAGAGAACUGUUUCGUAGUUG